GAGCACUGGCAGGUUCCGGGUCCUGUGACUGGUCAGGCGGCGUCAGCGGGCGCGGCGGAGGGCGGGCCGGCCUCGGGGGAGUUUCCGCGGCCGCCGGGGGCGGGGCGGGAGAGCGCGAGGCCGGGCGGGAGGCCAGACUCGGAGCCCUGGCGCGCCGGACAGCCGCAGGGCUCAUGGCGGGCGGGGGAGCUGGGGACCCUGGCCUGGGGGCGGCUGCCGCCCCGGCGCCCGAGACCCGCGAGCACCUCUUCAAGGUGCUGGUGAUCGGCGAGCUUGGAGUGGGCAAGACCAGCAUCAUCAAGCGCUACGUCCACCAGCUCUUCUCCCAGCACUACCGGGCCACCAUUGGGGUGGACUUCGCCCUCAAGGUCCUCAACUGGGACAGCAGGACUCUGGUGCGCCUGCAGCUGUGGGACAUCGCGGGGCAGGAGCGAUUUGGCAACAUGACCCGAGUAUAUUACAAGGAAGCUGUUGGUGCUUUUGUAGUCUUUGAUAUAUCAAGAAGUUCUACAUUUGAGGCAGUCUUAAAAUGGAAAAGUGAUCUGGAUAGUAAAGUUCAUCUUCCAAAUGGCAGCCCUAUCCCUGCCGUCCUCUUGGCUAACAAAUGUGACCAGAACAAGGACAGUAGCCAGAGUCCUUCCCAGAUGGACCAGUUCUGCAAAGAACAUGGCUUCGCCGGAUGGUUUGAAACCUCUGCAAAGGAUAACAUAAACAUAGAGGAAGCUGCCCGGUUCCUAGUGGAGAAGAUUCUUGCAAACCACCAAAGCUUUCCUAAUGAAGAAAACGAUGUGGGCAAAAUUAAGCUAGAUCAAGAGACCUUGAGAGCAGAGAGCAAAUCCCAGUGUUGUUGAUAGGGCUUCUGCUUCUCUUGUGUGUGCCUCAGCUCUGAAGAAGUUCCUGAGAAUGGGUUACGGAUGUCAUGUUAGCUGUGAGUCUUCCCACAGGUGGCACUUCAAAAGGCAGCACCACUGGGUGCCUGCACUUAUUUGAAAAUGGAACUUUGGGAGAAGUAUCCCUGCCAAUGGCUCUGUAACUUAACAGAUGACAAUUAGGCUUUUGUCAUUGUCGCCAUCAUAUGGAAGAUAAUGUUUACAUCCUUUUAAACAUCUUUUUAUAUGACAGUUCCUUAGGAUUUGGUAAGCCUUCCAAGUUGUAGCUUUUAAUGUAAGUGCUGGGGUGGUAAUAAAAUGUUACCUCCA